CUGGUUGUUUGAGCCUCUGGGGAAGUAUGCUGUACCGUGCAUGGACAGAACCUGCGACAGGACAGAAAUGGCUACAAGCGGUGGUUACCCAAGCUCCCCCGAGUUCGGGCUCUAUAGACACAUACCUAGUUUGCCUAUGCGUUAAUCUGGCCCUGGCCUUAUGUUCUAGUUAUAAAGAUGUGUUAAUUUACUGUUUGUAGUUAAUUACCUGUUGUGCGAUGUCUGUCUGUUGGGGUUGGGAAGUACGUGCUGUGUGUGAGUGUGUGGAUGGUGCUAGCUGUUUAGCUGCCAGUAAAAACCGCAUUGUACUGAAAGAGCUUUGGUGUGUGUGUCAAUUACUCCCGUGCUCCCUACAAUGUCUUGUUUUGUACUGGAACUACCCUGAAUUAUUUACGGUAUCAAUGGUUUUAUUAUAUAUAAAUGUUUCCCAUUCCUUAUGGCACAUUUUUUGCCAUGCGCUAUGUAUUUCGUCUUUGAUUCCCUUUUAACCUCACUUUUUCCUAGUGGGCUAUUUUAUUAAACUCUUUCCAUUUGUAAUACAUUUGUUUCAACAGUAGUGCCGACAGUGUAAUUCCCCUUCAAUCUCACAAUUGCCUGGUACCCAUAUUAUCCUAAUUGUAAUGUGUUUAUCGUUCUGCGAACGCGCAAGUAAUACCCACACCUCACCUGUGCCAAAUUUUCACAUGUGCAGUGCAGAAAGAUUAAUACACGCCGCCCCUUCCGUUGUACCUGAUGCUUUUGAGAGAUUGAUACAAUGAAACAAGGUGAAAUUGUUUUUUUUUUCCACACUUUGUUGCGACAGAAAUGUAUCAUAUAUACAUACAACUUAAUUAAUUAACAAUAACAACAACAACAAAAAACUGUAGGACAGAAAAGAAACCAAAACGCCGCUCCAUAUAAACGCACUAAUGGUUAAACUGCGUUCCAAAUACGCAGAAAAGCAAUGGAAUGAGACGUUUAACUUGGUGCGCAGGUGCAUGGACAAAUCCACAAGUGGUUUUGGCUUAGCCAGCAAUCGACCUUUGUUGGGCUGCUUAGAAGGACUUCAGAAAGCUUUGAAUGUUACAUCCUUGACAGCCAUGGCAACCAGACUAGAAACUAUAGCUAAGCAAAAAGGGCUUGGCUCUCACCAAAGCCCCACAGAACCAACUUGUUACAUCACCUCUGACAUGUUUUACCUGGAAGUUCUCAUGGAGCCAAGUGGGGAGGUUCUUGAUGUCAAAGUCGCCCAUCAUGGAGAAGCUCCUGUGACUUGCGAAGAACUGAUUAAACUCUUGAGGUUGAAGAAUUUUGAAGACUUUUCAAAGAAGCUGGAAGGGCUUUCCUCUCUCUACCACAUUCACGGAGAUAGUGAAACCAAGAUAAAGACAUAUUUAGCCCUGCAGUCGCUCGAGACGGAUCUGAUGAAAAUGUCUCGGUUUCCCAGACCAGUAGUUAACACUAACCCACGCAUUGAUGCCAUACUGCAUGGAAGAGUUGGGAAUUUGGUGCCAAGGAGAGAAGGGAACCCAAUGAGCAUUGAAUACUUCAUUACUCCUUAUGACCAACUUGAAGAACAAAUGAUGCCAGGUUUAAGUUGCUAUGGGAAUAAGGUUCUGGUCACUGUUGAUGGAACAAGCAUUUUACACAAGCUUCCUGUGGCUUCUUUGAUUGAAGAUUCUCAGCAGGUAGAGAAUGAAAGGGCCUCUUUGUUUCGUGGUUUGGAUGGAGCGGUCAGCAUGGAUCUGCCAGCUUGCUUCUUUCUGAAAUUUCCUGAGCCCUUUCCCAUUCUCACCAGCUUCAUUGAAAACAUACAGAGGCUGACAGGGAUUUCAAUGGCUGAGGAGCUCCAGUACAUUCCUUUCUACCAGCUGUUGACAAAGGCUGUUCUGGAACAGAAACACUGCACAGUAGAUCACUUGGACCAGUACUUUUUGGUGUCUCUUCCAGAUAACCAUUUUCACAGCUAUGUUCUUUCACAAGAAGCAUCGCUGCACCUAAAGAAGCCUCCGGAGGGAGCUCUGAUCAACAAGAUUCCAUUCAGCCACCCAGAACAGGUGCCUUCUAUACUGGAGAUACUCCGGCACCAGUCUGCUUACAACACCUUGAUAGCCAGCUGCAUCACAGUGAACAGAGCUGACAAAGGAUUUCCUGCAUCGCUUCAUUUUGAAGUGAACUAUUUGGCUGACAGCAGCUUUUCUGUCUCAUUCCAACACCCUCUCAAUGACACUUUGGCAACAGUUGUUGUGGAUGUUGACAAUUCAAGGCAUAUUACCAGCAAGCUGUAUACAACAGGAGCACCUGAUAUGUCUGUGAACGAUUAUAUUACAAAGGUUCUAAACCGUUGCAUGUCUAUCCCAGUCACCAUGAGGGCAAUCAGUCGGAAAGCAGCCCAAUGGAAUAAUGUGCCUCCUGCUAUAACCGAAGCUCCUAUACUGCCUUCCUCCACAACCCCCCCUCCCACCUGUUCUUAUUAUGUUGUCUCUGUACCUGCUCCAGAUUCUGAUGCUGAAGUAAAUAUACAAACAAUUAACCCUUAUCCUGAUGCAUUAGUGAAUGUUUCCUGUAUGGUCAGCAAACAGCUGCUUUCAGCUUUGUGAAUACACGAGCUUUACAAGUUAACCGCUAGCAGAAUAGGCUAGGCACCUGUAACAACACACUGCAGAAAAAUUGUUUCUUUUAAACAAUGUUUUACACUUGCCUGCUUUAACCUAACUCUUUCAGCACCAAGUAACUUUACAGAAAGAGAACACUGGGAUAAUUACAGUAUGUUUCAUUUUCCUAUUCUGACAAAUUUAAUAAAAAUUGAAAUAAA